AUGAAAUGGUGUGCGCUUCUAAUAUUGCUGCAAAUAUCCUGGUCUCAAGCCUUGCCUAAGGGAAAUGGUAAGGAUUUUGCCAAAGCUUCUAAUAAAGAACUGACAACCGAGAUAUCGAAAGAUUUUUGCCGCCGAGAGAGCACGACAAACGUGGAGAGCGGUCAGAGACAAAAACGCUUUUUGGCCGUAACUUUGGCAGUUUCGUGCGGAAAAAUUUGAUUUUUUGUAGGAACAAUAUCCUUUAUGGUAGAAAUAAGCAUGAAACUUUUCGUGCCAAAAUUCGUCAAAAAGUCCUAAAUUUUUGCCGACUUUCGAUCUAAAAAUCUCGGUUGUUUCUGCAAAGCGCGAGCUAGAAUUCUCGCAUAUAUCUUAGAAAAAAUUGUUCUAAAUUUGUGCCAAGUUUCAUCAAAAUCUGAGCGUCGCACUUGGAGUACUUCCCCUGUGAACUUUUUGUAUAACGAAAUAUUAAAAACAGGCACCAAGGAAUGCCCUUGCGCGGACGAAACCUGCAAACUCAGGAACUAUGAGUCAUGUGUAAGAGGUUUUCUGAACGAGCAAGAUGUUUGUGACGUCUCCUGUCGCCGUCCCGGCCAUUGUCCCAACGAAAACUGCACCUGUUCCAAUGCGGAAUGCCGUCUUCUUGGGUUUGAUGAGUGCUCCGGAACCCUCUGCCAAGACGGAGAAUGUAAACCGAGCUGUUGUCAAAAAGAGCAAUGCGAAUGCGAUCAUGAUUACUGCAUCUCGCAGGGGUAUACAAUGUGUACCAAGGCGUACAUGAAGGACGGGAAAUGCAAGCCUGUGUGUCGAGGGCCGACUUGUCCUAAUAAGAAUUGCACUUGCGAUGAUGCUGACUGCGAAAAACAAGGUCUUGGCGUAUGUGCGGGGAGCUAUUGCGAAGAUGGAGAGUGCUUGAUUAGCUGUUGCAAUAAACAAGGGAGAAAUGUUACAGUAAGGACUACGGGAAGCAGUGGACAAACAACUCAACGGUUGACAACGUUGACUGCAUCAACGGUCACAGCAACCGCUUCGAAAUCAUCUACAGUGACUGGAGUUUCAGCCAGCAUUUCGAGUUCUCCUUUUCCUUCGACUAGUGUCUCUCAAACGGCUUCAUCUUCCGUCAGCUCAACGCCCUCAACACCUACAUCGGCGAGUCCAACACCAUCAGUGUCCACAGUCACUGGAACAGUUACUGAAAAACGGUCCACAUCUAAGAGAACUAGAAAAACAACUAGAAAGGCCACAAGAAAGAGAACUACUACGACUACAACCACCAAGAAACCGGCACCACCACCACCACCUCCGCCCCCACCUCCGCCCCCACCUCCACCCCCACAGCCUUAUUAUCCAAACAGUGCCUGUCGAACGUGCCCGGUAGAAUAUUGCUUUGUAAACCGUUGCGGACGUAAGUAAAGAUUGCAGUCUAUCUUCUAUUUCAGGGCUUGAAUGCUGUCGAUACCCUUAUUGCUGGAACUCCGGCAAGUAG